AUGCCCAACUGCACCACUGUAACCGAGUUCCUCCUCCUGGGCUUCUCUGACACUCGGGAGCUGCAGAUCUUACACUUUGUCAUCUUUCUUGCAGCAUACCUGGCAGCGCUGGUGGGGAACCUCCUUGUUAUCACUGUUGUAACUAUGGACCAUCACCUCCAGAGCCCCAUGUACUGUUUUUUGGUAAAUUUCUCCAUCCUUGACCUUGGCUCCAUCUCAGUGACCAUGCCCAAAUCCAUUUUUAACUCUUUAUUGAACACCAGGCAGAUAUCCUAUGCUGGAUGUGUGUCCCAGGUCUUUCUCUUCUCACUUUACUGUGCAGCUGAUGUUGCCUUCCUUACCAUCAUGGCAUAUGACCGGUACAUUGCCAUCUGCAAGCCACUGCAUUAUGAGAUAAUAAUAAACAGGACAGCCUGUAUCUGGAUGGCUGCCUGUGCUUGGGCUGCUGGUGUCAUCUACUCUGCACUGCACACGGGGAACACCUUUAGUCUACCCUUCUGCCACUCUAAUACCAUCAACCAGUUCUUCUGUGAAAUACCCCAGCUGCUCAAGCUUUCCUGCUCUGAUGCAUACUGUAGAGAGCUGGCAGCUCUUGCCUUCAGUGUGUGUUUAGCUUUAGGCUGUUUUGUUUUCAUCAUUGUGUCGUAUGUUCAGAUCUUCACCGCAGUUUGGAGAAUCCCCUCGGAGCAGGGCCGGCAGAAAGCCUUCUCCACCUGCAUUCCUCACCUUAUCGUGGUCUCCCUGUUUCUUUCCACUGGUGGCAUUGCCUACUUGAAGCCCAUCUCUGACUCCCCGUCCCCUGUGGAUCUCCUGGCAGCUGUUCUGUAUUCUGUGGUGCCUCCAUUGAUGAAUCCAGUCAUCUACAGCAUGAGGAACAAGGAGAUCCAAGCUGCCCUGAGGAAACUGCUCCACAGGGUGAAUGGGAAACUCAUGUUCCCACUGUGCCGAACUUGUGCAGAAAAAAACCAGCCAAAAUGUACUCACACGGAUGAGGAAAGGGUCCUCCUGGGCACUUGGUGCACACCUGAAUUGAACAAAGGUAUCACCAAGGGUUACAAAGUAGCUAAAAUCUAUGAGGUCUGGCAUUUUCCGGAGAUGACCUACGACAUCUCCUCCUGUGACUUUACCGAUGAUGAGACGGCCUGCGUGUCUUGGAAGCACUCCAAAGAGCGUUACACUUUAUCAGGCAACACUAACAUCCUCAUAAUGUGCUUCGCUACAGCAUGUGCAUGUUUAGAGCUAUAUGAGUUGUUAGACAGCCUGCAAGACCGCUGUCCAUACCACGAUACAGACUCUGAUUUUUCGUGA